AUGUCUGCGGAAGUGGCAGCUGCAACGUUGGAGGAGCUUAAAGAGCAGCUGGAGCAGGGGCAAUAUUCCCUCUUAAAAGACAUUCGACAAUUCGGCAACAAUUUGUUGCCGUUUUGCCUACGGAAGAAAGCGGUGAUCAUAAUCAAUAAUCCGAUUAUGGUUGGAGGAGUUGUUGGAGUCCGGCCCAUUGGACGACGACCGACGACUAAAAAGAAACAAGCCAUUGAGAAUGAUUAA